AUGGUGGAAGGCGAACCUUCGUACAUAGACUACGAGGCCUUCUUGGACCCUGAAUUCUCUCCUGCUUCCUUUGCCAAUUCAUUAGUCGUGGCCACAAACAAUGCUACAGAUACACCCUUGGAUCUGUCAACCCCACUUUCACGGGUGCUGUUCGACCUCCAGGAGAUUGAUACCCAUAUCCAUACGUUAACGACCAAGUCGGCCCUCCCGCUGUUGACACAUACACGGGACCAGACCGCCGCCGCAGGACGUGUCCUCAAGGAAACAGAGGACCAGAUCUCCUCGGUCACGCAAGGGUAUGAACGAUUGGAAAAGGAGGUGCUUCGCAAGUGGGAAGCGGCCGACGAGGCCAGGGUGGCUGCAGAGAAGUCUCUGGCUACUGUACGACUCGCAAGAGCGGUCGGGCGUUGUCUUGCUCUCAGCAGGCAGCUGGAAGGCCAGCUUAGUGAAAUCAAUGGCGGCGGUGCCCUUGCCGGAGUCACGGCAGGAAACGAUGGCACGACGUCGCAGACCUCCGCCCGAGAUGAUUAUCGAACGCUGGAACGGGCAGCGUCCACGAUUGUGAGUCUACGUCGGAUGUUUUCGGCCACGGGGAUGGGAGAGGAAGGCCAUGGGUUGGACGGCGUCAAGGUCAUCCGUACUUUGAAGACGGAGCUUGCCAUGCCGGGCGAGAAUAUGGUCAAAUCAAGAGCGCAACAGGCCAUCAAUCGAUUCUCUAUGUCCGCAGGCUCUGCAGGAGUGUCGACGCCUCAUGCUCAAUCGGGCUACAGACAAGCACGAGAUGCGAAGGCACGACUGAUCUCGGCAAUUACCAUUUUGUACCUGUUGUCACCAGUGCCUAAGAACUUAGGCUCGGCAUCAGACUUUCAACCAGAUCUUCUCCUGUCUACGUUGCAAGGGUACAUGCACACGGCGAUUGUGACAUCUUUAAAUGCCAUUUCGCGAGCGCUGUCUGCAUUGCCGACUCUGGAGCGAACGCUCUUGGAGGUCUCCAGGCGCUGCCAGGAUAUAUUUGCGUUGGAGGCCAUUCUCAGCAGCCUUCGACCCCCGUCCCACCCACUUUUACCCCCAUCACCGGCUUCCGACCGGAAUGAUGGCCAGCCCCAUGCCGGCGGCAAAGCCGACCUGCUGCAGCCGCUUCUCAAUUCCCUCGAUACAGCUUCACUGCCGUCGUAUUUCUGGCGGUCGCUCGCCUCCUCUCUCACCGCGCGCACCCAGGAGAUCAUCAGCCGGAGCGGCGUUUCCGCCCGUACGCUGAGAUCCAACCGGGAUCGGCUCAAAAAGGAGAUCAGGGAGUGCGUAUUACGAGGGUCGCAGCUCCCAGCGGCCACCAUGGGAACCGGAACCGAUAGGGGACAUGUAGAGUCCAGAAGUUGGGAGCGUGAAGCGGCGGUGAUGGUUAGUUCCGUGGUGGGUGUAUUGGAGAGAUAA